CAUUUUACAUUUCCGUGUGACAUAAUUGGCUGCUACGGAAGGAUCUUUCCUAACGUCAUUAUUUUGGGACCUGCAACGCUGCUGGUGGUCUCUGCCAAUCAGUAAUGCUCCAGGUUCAAGACCGAGGAGCGCACAAUUAUUAACCUGAACGAUCACGACGCACUAACUCACGGGAGGGGGAGGGGGAACCUGCAAAUAUGAUGUUCAUACAUCCGUGAUUUAACUUCAGCCACCGUUCAUCUGCGACUCUGCAUCAAAGUCUCCUCCUGCCUCAGAUGCCAGCGAGCUGUGUGCCUCCUCAGAUGCUGAGGGAGUAGCUCGGGAAGGAAGGAGGGUGCAAGAAGGAGCAGAAGAAGAUUUUCAGCACCGGAGCUGUCCGCGGCUCCUGGACAAGUCUAUAAGCCUGCUCAAAGGGAGAAAGCGCUUCCGAUUGUAAAUUUUCUCCGUGGGACUGUGAGGGGAAGGAAUAAUAAACUGCUGUGCCAUUCGGCUCUCCGCGGGGCUACCGACAGCCAUGGGAGUGCUCAUGUCAAAGAAGCAGCAGGUGGAGAAGGUGCAGAAAUGCAGCGCCGUCGUCUCUGCCUUCCAGGCGGGCCUUAAAGAUCGUGCUGCUGCAGCCAAACAGGCGGAUGGUGAAGUGGAGGAUGGUGACGGGCCUGCCAAAUCUCCGGUCAGUUCUGAUGAGAAGGACACCGAGGAGGUAGAGCAACAGAAAACAGACAACAGCGCAGGCCCAUCAACCUCCCAGCAGGCCUCAGCUCCAACGAGAAAUGAGUAUAAAGUCAACCGGGAGGCUUGGUCGAGGUUACGGGAUGGGAAGGGAGUGGAGCCUGAAGAGCUUGAUAAGAGGCAUCAGCUCACACCACCUGCCUUUGUCGUGGAGGUGGAGCUGGAAAAGAAAGAGCAGCCACUGGGUGAUGAGAUGUGUGACGUGUGUGAGGUGUGGACGGCCGACGACCUGUACCCCUGCAGGAUCUGUACUCGGAUGUUUCACGAUGGCUGUUUGAGGGAGUUGGGCUACCUGCGUGCCGAGGCCUUGCAGGAGAUGAAAAGCACAGCCCGCACUGUUACUGGCUGGAGCUGCUACUAUUGUGACAAUCUGAAUCUACUCCUUACAGAGGAAGAAAUGUACAGCCUCGUGGAGACUUUCAAGCAGUGCAAGAUCAUUCCAGAGUCAUGCUUGGUGUCAGAUGAGCUGCUGCAGUACCGCCACUUUGUAUCCAAGCAGCAGUUUGAUAAGGACCUGACUGAUGAGCAAGAGGAGGAAGUCCUAGCCCAGUUCGCAGCAAUGGAUCCUGAAAAGAAGGGUCACAUUGAAUGGUCGGACUUUCUCUACUUUGAGUCUCUGGCAGUGUUGAGGAAGUUUCGCACAGAGAACUCACUGGUGCGUCUGUUGACUGCCAAAGAAAGAGACAAGGCACGGUCAGUGUUCCUGAGCCUAGACCUGGAUAAAGACAACAUAAUUACAAGAGCAGAAUGCCGCCAGGCCCAGCAGUACUGGUUCCACAAGCUCAACAAAGAUUCACAGUCCUGCAAUGUGAGUAUAAGUAAUGUUGGCCCCAUAUGCGAGAGCAGUCCAGCCAGUUCUGGCAGUGACAGGAGCAAGACUGAUGACAGCAGGCCAGUAAGCUGGGCAGACUUUUUAAAGGAGAGUGCCAUCUACAUUUUGGCUGCGCGACCCAAUAGUUCUGCCAUGCACAUUCGCCUGCCUGUAUAGUCCAGGAUAUCACACUGCACCCAGCAGACAGAGGGAGAGAGAAAGAUAGAGGGUCUACCAUACCCCUAGAUGUGAUGACAUGAUGACAUGAGGAAGGCAACCGAACGAACUGGAUGAAGCACUAAGAAACAGCAUUUCAAGCCAUCAACAGAAUAUCUUCUCCUCAGCGUCACCUCUACCCCACAGCACUGACAACAUACAUGCUGACUGACACACUGACAAUGAAAGCUACAGCACCUGUCACAGGUCCCAUCUCCAACACCUGAUGGCUUCCACCAAAUAUAAAUGAUAGGUUUGGAAAGACACCCACUCAUGACUUGUCUGUCAGUCAGUGAUAUUUCUGAAACCUUGAGUGUAGAGAUGAUGCAUACAAUCAGACAAACUCCCAGGAUAACACUGUGCUUUGAAUGACAUAUACUACACUUUACAGCCCUCCAGCUACAUAACACCUCUUCAUGUGGGUAAAUUAGUGUGACAGGCUGUUACUCUAUCAAGUAUUCAUCCUUUGGGCCUCAUCAUGUCCUAAUAAUAACUCCAUUCUUCUGUAAUGGGAUUGUGUUAUUCACCAUUAAAACUGUUAAUCACACCACACAGAGGCACAUACAAAUUUAUGAUUGGCACUAUUUGACAAGUGGAUAGACUUCUGGAAGGAGAUAAACCCUGCAGCUGCCAUUAUCAGAACAUAUAGCAAACUUGACUGAAAGUUAAUUGCAUACAUAGUAUAUCAGAACUGCUAUACAUACCAAUAUAAAUCAUUAUCAUGCAUUAAAAAGCUGUAUUUAUUCCUGUAUCCAAUGAUAUUUCAUCUGUUUUUACCCCACUCUCAUUCAAGGAUCUAUGUUCUUCUGAAGUAGUAACAGUGAAAAGUAUAUGAAGUGAGCAUUAAUGAAAGUUAACUCAGUAAGAGACAUGUACUGUAUAUACAUAUAGUAUAUUUUGUUGCUGUUGUGCUCUCAGAGCUGCACAAUGACCUCCUGUUCUAGAGUUAUUAUUUGCACUGUGGGAAUGAGAUGUAGUGGACUACUCUGUGACAAUUACUGUAAUGAAAUACUGAAAGACAAUGGGAGACUCUUUUUGACAUUGAUUAUACAGUACAAUAAUUUAAAUGCACAUGAAACUGUCCAUAGAAUCACUGUAAACAUACUGUAACAAGUAAAACUUCAUGUAGUGUUUAUGCCAUAUAAUGAAGGUUCAGUUCUUUAAUGAAUAAAGUAUGGGUAUGAUGUGAAUGUAGAUAACCUGAGCGAUAUAUAUGGCAUUUGUUCUCUUUCUUG